AUGGCCACGACACACGUUAUAGGAUCGUCCAAUCCCGGUGCCCACCUCACUUCCUCUGGCAGCCAUUCAUCAAGCUCCAGUAAUAUCGUAGGUGUACAUUACAGAGUAGGCAAGAAGAUUGGUGAAGGCUCUUUCGGUGUGAUCUUUGAGGGUACAAACUUGUUAAACUCUCAAACUGUCGCUAUAAAAUUCGAACCGCGUAAAUCUGAUGCACCUCAAUUACGAGAUGAGUAUAGAAGUUAUAAGAUAUUAUCAGGUUGUCUGGGUAUUCCCCAAGUGUACUAUUUCGGCCAAGAAGGUCUCCACAAUAUACUUGUAAUUGAUCUAUUGGGUCCAUCGCUGGAAGAUCUCUUUGAUAUGUGUGGAAGGAGGUUCUCGGUGAAGACUUGUUGUAUGACUGCUAAACAGAUGUUGUCCAGAGUUCAGACUAUCCACGAGAAGAAUUUGAUUUAUAGAGAUAUCAAACCUGACAAUUUCCUGAUUGGACGUCCGGGUACGAAAGGGGCGAAUACUAUACAUGUCGUUGAUUUCGGUAUGGCAAAGCAAUAUAGGGAUCCAAAGACCAAACAACAUAUCCCAUACCGAGAGAGAAAAAGUUUGAGUGGAACGGCUAGAUAUAUGAGUAUAAACACUCAUUUAGGUCGAGAACAAUCCCGUCGAGAUGAUCUGGAAGCUCUGGGCCACGUCUUCUUCUAUUUCCUCCGAGGAGGACUUCCAUGGCAAGGUCUUAAAGCUGCUACCAACAAGCAGAAGUACGAGAAGAUCGGAGAGAAGAAGCAGACUACUCCCAUCGCAGAGCUGGUAGAGGGAUAUCCUAACGAGUUCUCGAUCUACCUCAACUACGUAAGGAAGUUGACAUUCGACGAGACACCCGAUUAUGAUUUCUUGAGGGGAUUGUUCGAUUUGGCAUUACAAAAUAUCGGAGAUCAAGAUGAUGGCAUGUACGACUGGAUGCUGCUCAACGGUGGAAAAGGAUGGGAGAUGAACGGAAGACAAAGUGCCGCUCAGGCCGAGGUUUCAAGACAUAAUACACGAACGAGAGACAGGGAGUAUAGGGACAGAGUAGACAAGUUGAGAAAUGGUUCAGCUGGUGGUCAACCAUCACCAUUGAAACAAAGGAAAUCUGGAGCGGGAUCUGGAUUACCCAACGCGUCAAAUCAAGCUAUCAUUGGUGUAUCUGCUCCAUCACCUUUACCUCAAUCCAGAAGACAAUCACAACAAGGUAAUGGAAAUGGUAACACCGGUGGCGGUGGAUCAGCUCAUCCAUUCGCUUCUGCCAACGCUUUACAUCCCGAUCGAAAUGAAUCUUACGAUCCUUCCAACGUCGCUAUACCCUCUCAAGCGGGACUGCAAGCUAUCUCACCUAUGCAUGUCAAUUCCCGACCUGGCAAUACAGCUGCCAACAGUCAACAGGUGGGAGGUGAGGGUGAUUACGGCAAUGGAAGGGCGGAUAAGGGUGGUAAUGGGUUUAUCAAGCUGUUGACUUGUGGUUGUUUCCGUUAG